AUGGAGCACGAGCAUCAGCAAAACACCUUCCAACUCCGUCCAGAUUCUUCGGCCUUAUUCCUAGCGAGCCAGCACGAUAUGGACGUACCAACACGUAUAACCAGGCCGCUGUACGCAGACGGACAGCCCGUCAGGACAGGAGUGAUCGAAUUUGGUAUGGACGGAUGUAUCACCCCCAUGAGCCCCACUAGCGUCAUGAAGAUACCAAGACUAGACGCGACACUUCUUCCCGACGGAUCUCUCGAGCCAGACGGGGACAACAUCUGGCGUCGCGAUAGUCUAGAAGUCGAAAAGCAAGUCUAUCGCCGCCUGCAUGGCAUACCAGGCCUUGCAAACUGGGAUAUCUCGAUCAAUGGAUAG